AUGAUGGCCGCUACACUCGACCUCCACUCGCUGGAGCAAUACUGCGAGACUCUGUACAAUCCCACGAGUCAGGCCAGUCGCAUCCAGGUCGAAUCGCUCCUCAACUACCAUUUCCCCACCUUCUCGUCUCUCACGACCUCUACAGCUGCCACAGCCGCAUUAUCCGGGGCCGAUGAUGACGCACUCGCCAAGGGCCACAGCCCGUCUAUCAAUACCCCGAUCGAGUUUGCGACCACACGAUUGAAGAACCUGGUCGAGGAUCACUUCACCACAUUCACAACUCCCGAACAGCUUGGACUCCCAAAACACUUCAAUCAUGGGACACAGUUAUCGACCUCAGAAUAUGAGUCCAAACAAGGGACGCGCAAAGGAAGCGGUAGGAUCGGUGGACUACCUGACGCUCUGGCACUGACGAACGAGAGGGAUUUGCUCCCAGGACCUGACUCUGUUAUCAUUCAGGACACAUUCGGCAAAAAGCAACAGCGGAGGAGCACAUUUGUUCUCCGCUACAUCUACCAGAACCCGAAUGCACCGUCGUUCAUCAUCACGGCACAAGCACAACUUUUCGCUAUCAUUACAAAGCUCGGCUGGAUCGAGAAUGAAGAGUUCCGUGCGCUUGUUGACCAAAUCCAGGUGUUUUUUCAGCCUGGGGCUACCAUCAUCUACCGCGCCAUUGGUAUGGGACUCUUGAAUGCUGUUGUGACCGAGAUGAAUACACCCAGCAGUCGGCACGCGGCAAAGUACCGCAAGAUCGCAGUCAACUUUCGGGACGUACAGCUGCUCCCAAUCUUCCAGUUUGCAUUUUCAAUGCUGCAGACUGCCAUGCAGAUGUCAGAUCCCAAUGCAGCAAAGUUUACAGAAUCAAUAUUGGUGUUGAUGAGAACGUGCCUCAUGUUCGACUUUAUCGGCACUUCUCCAGACGAAUCUUCAGACGAUGUCGGAAGCAUUCAAGCGCCAACAACAUGGAGAUCUAUCUUUGAGGAGUCAGGAUAUUUGGAUGUCCUGUGGGAGUGCUGGAAAAAGUUUUCCGGUCAAAACUCGGUCCUUGUGAUGGAAUCGCUCUCACAGGCUGCUUCGAUUCGCCGGUCAUUGUUUUCUAACGAUGACGCCCGCAAUACCUAUAUUCACCACAUCAUGCGCGAGACGGUCUUUACAUUAAAGACAGGCGCUGGACAGAACAAACUACAGGACAUCGGCAACUUCAAUGAGUUUUGCAGAAUGCUGUCAAAAUUCAGGAGCACCUUUCAACUAUCGGAAAUCUGUGAGUACAAGGACUUUGAGCAGUGGAUCACGCUGGUUGGAGAGUUUACGUCGCGCGGGUUUCAUUCGUGGAAGUGGUCACCAAACAGUGUCCCGUACUUAUUGACUUUCUGGAGUAAGAUGGUAUCAUCCCUGACCUCUACGAAGCAGGCAACGCAAGAGUAUAUCCAACGAAUCACAGUGGAUCUUUCGCGCGCCUACCUGAAGAGCCGUCUGGAGUGUGCUCAAGCUGCCAUAGAUGGCGAAGUCGAUGAUCCUCUAGAGUCCGAGGAGGAAUUGGUGUCAACGCUGGAGACGUAUGCAACUGUAGCAAGGUCCAAAUACAUCGAGUCUGGACAGUAUGUCGUAGUCGAGUUUAAGGACCUGACUAAGAAGCACCGAGAGUUAAUUCAGAGGGCCUCUGCAGUCACUACAUCUCCAUCUCUUGGCUCGAGCGAGAUUAAAGAGCAACUACUGGUCGUGGAAAUGCAGCUGACGUGGAUGAUAUACAUCAUCGCCGCUCUUAUCGGCGGCAGGAUUUCUUACCAAAGCACGUCAGAGCAGGAUCAGAUGGAUGGAGAGAUGGCGAGUGAGGUGCUUGGAUUUAUUCACCAUCUUCAAGUAUGGUCCUCCCAACGCCCCUUGUUCAUCGCCUCUCCAGAUGCACACCUUUAUGUGCAAUCCGCGAUCAUAUACUUUUACACCCAGUUCCGCAGCUCAUACAUUGGCGAGGAGGCUUCCAAGUCAGUCAAGGUAUACACCCUCUUGGGCGAGCGAUGGGGACUCAAUAGUCCAAACCAGGUGCUGGAUGUGAUCAUGAACUCGUCGCUUGGCAACCUACGUUCAAGCGGUGAUCCAGAGUGGAGAAAACAAGAGGAUCGGCUAGUCGUACGCACGCUUCGUCUAUAUACACAGCUCGCCUCAGGGUAUAGUUCCGUGAAGCAUAUCCGCAAACUGGAUACCAUGAAGGCACUGCUUAAGAACCAUACCUCGAGCGAUUUCAGGUUCUUGGAUCCAACAACCAAAGCCUCAGACAAAACACUGGCACGCUGUCGAAUGGACUAUUAUACCAUGCUAUCCAGGGUACUGUUUGCGGAAGACAAUGUGGAAGCGGACUUUUGGCGGUUUGUCAAACCAUGGGAGCUCACGCUGGAUCAAGUGACCUUGGCGUUUGAGGGCAGCAGUGAGCUUGGCGAAGAGGAUAUUCGGCUCAUCCUACUCGGAAUAUUUAGAGACUUGCGAGGAUUCGUCUCGAGUAUUACGAACCGGAAACAAUACAACCUAUUCUUCGAUUGGUUCUAUCCAGCGUACACGCCGAUCGUUGUACGUGCUAUUGAGAUAUGGCCUCAUAAUGAGCUUGGCAUUGCAAUUAUGCGGUUCUGGAACGAGUUUGCAAGCAACAAGAGCAGCCGUGUCGCGUUCGAAAGCAGCAGCCCCAAUGGCAUCUUGCUCUUCCGAGUGACGAGUAAUAUCCUUUACACAUAUGGUCAAAACCUUUUGAACCGGCCAUUGUCCAACUCGGACGCCCGAUGGUCUGAAAAGUAUAAGGGUAUCAUGCUGUAUUUCAAUGUUCUCUCCGCUUCCCUUUCUGGAAAGUAUGCCAACUUUGGCGUGUUUAAACUCUAUGGUGACAAGGCAUUGGAUCAAGCCCUGGAAGUGUUCUUCUCGUUAAUGCUGGCCAUCCCGGUCGGGGACAUGAUUUCCUUCCCAAAGCUUGCACAUGCUUACUACAGCGUGAUUGAUGUCUUUGCGAGUGAACAUAUGACCGGUUUACCUAUGAUGCCUCAACCUGUUCUGGACUACAUGUUCCGGACCUUUGGAGAGAUCAUUCUGCCUGAAACACCUGAUACGCUCUGCUGCACCAUGGCAUGCUCAGCUAUCGACAAGGUCUGCACGUUUGUCUUGAAUUGGAUGCUCAAGGACAAGAUCAGGAAGGAUGAGGAUCAGGAUGAGCCCAUUAGCAACGGAUCACCCGACCCAGGUGGACGUGCACGCCUUAACUCUGCUGGCAGCGGUAGCAACAGCCAACGAAGUAGUGUUGAUAUUUCACGAGGACCACCUAACUCGAACGGCCGACCGGUGUCGAGGCGUCGUCAACAGCAGCAACAACAGCAGCAAGAGACACACUGGCUGGUUGAGUAUUUGAUGUCGAACAAAAAUGUUCUGAGCUAUCUGUUCCAGAUCAUCUUCCAAGUGGUUGCCUUCGAGAACAGAAGCAACUACUGGAGUUUGAGCCGACCACUGUUGGGGCUGGUCCUGUUGAAUCGCGAUUUCUAUGUGGAAUACACCAACAACUUUGUACAAAGCCAGCUCCCCGAUCGUCAGGAACAGGUUCAGACGGCUGUCAACGCGCUCAUGGAGGGCAUUGAAUGCAACUUGACUAGCCUCAACCGCGACCGUUUUACCCAGAAUAUCACUACCUUCCGACGAGAGUGCAUGCAAAUGACGCUCAUGACCGCCAGUCCUUCCUCUUCAGAGGACAACCACCCCGUGGGCUCGAGUGUGCAAUAUCUUUCUUGGGAGAUCAAAGUCGUGGCAGGAGGCGGGGAUCUGCAGACUGAUGCCUCUGAGCAGCUAUGGUCUCAAAUGUAA